AGUCGUACGCAUGCGCACUACAUCAACAUUGUAGCAGCAGAGAGAAGACCACCGAAACAAUUUAUGAAACUCUGUAGCAGAGAUGCAUACAACAGCAGCAUUUUAUGUGUCAUACACGAGACGGGCGUACUGCUAAUUGACUCAGCACAGUGCUGUUACAGUUGUAGCUAUUACUACGAAGACACUGCUAUAUUGCUGACUUGUUUCGUUGCAAAAGAGUUCCCAGCCACGUCAACUUCAUCCGUGGCAGUAAAGUUCAAGCAUUCAUCGGAUCCAGAUUUUAACAGGAAAAUGGAGGCUGAUAAUUGCCCUGCUGGAAACAAGGUGGAACAAACAGUUUCCUCACCUCAACAGGAGAACACUGCUUGUGGUGGACCUGCUGUAGGUGAUCCAGACAGUCAAAGCCAGUCACCUAAAGCUGCCGCCAAGGUUUCCCACCCUGAAUCGGAGGAUCUGGACUCCUUUAACCUGAUAGAGCCCCCUCCUCUGGACUGGAGGUCAGACGACUCUAGUGAAACGGGGUCAGUGGAAGAGAUGGAUGACCCCAGCUUUCCUCCCUCCUCGGUCCCUGUGGACAGUCCAGAGGAUGUACUAGGUGAGUCCCUAUCUGCCGCGGAUGGAGUAGGUGAGUCCCUACCUCUCUUGGACACCAGUGACACUGUAGCUUUACCUGUGGUAGUUAGCCAGGAGGAGCUAAUCAACUUUGCUCCUGAGGAUAGAACCCCAACUGAACGGGUCCUGGAUCCUUGCGAAAAGGAAAGAGUGGUGGAGGAAGAGAAGAAGGUUGAGGUCUGGAGACCAGGUGACGAAGACCACACUCGGAUCCACCACCUGUUGAACCGACUCCAAGUCAUCAGAGAAAGCCCUCUCCCCAGGGACUCAACCGCUGACCCUACACCAUCAGCGUUCUCUGAGUCCUCGGACUUUGACCCUCCAGGCCCAUCUCUGUUGACUGACGUCAGCCCUUUCCUACCAGAGCAGAACCUGAACCAGGCCUCGGGGCUGCUGUUCUCUGAGAGUCAACAGAGAGACCUAUUAGGGCUGCUGGGGUGUACAGAGAUAGGGGUUCCCCAGCCCAGUCCUUCUGAUACCCAGGUUCCUCCUUACAUGGCCCGGAGAGAGGAGAUGGAUGCGGUGGUGUCUGUCUCCUACAACCAGGAGGAUGGGGAGAGGUUCUGGGACCACUUUGGGAACAGCGGGCGGCUACGCCACAGAGAUGACUCCGUGGACUCUAUCCCCGAGGAUGAGGUCCCAGAGCCUGUGUGGAGGAAGUUAGGGGAGGAAGCUCCAGAGGAGGUCAACGAUGCAGAGAACAGUGAGCGGGGCACAGAGGACCACCCAGCCUAUAAAGAUGUGCCUGGCCCCUGUGACCCAGAUGACCUCCUGGAUGGGGUCAUAUUUGGGGCCAAGUACCUGGGCUCCACCCAGCUCAAGUCUGACAAGAACCCUUCCACCAACGCCCGAAUGAAACAGGCCCAAGAGGCUGUGGACAGGAUCAAAGCCCCAGAGGGAGAGUCUCAGCCUAUGACUGAGGUGGAUCUCUUCAUCUCCACUCAGCGCAUCAAAGUCCUCAGCGCAGACACACAGGAGGCCAUGAUGGACCACCCUCUCCAGAUGAUCUCCUACAUCGCAGACAUCGGCAGCAUCGUGGUCCUGAUGGCCCGCAGGAAGCCGGCCGUGGGCCAUAAAAGCCAGGAGGGGAACCCCACAGGGGCCAACUCCCCCGGGCCACAGAAAAAGUGCUGCAUGAUCUGCCAUGUGUUUAACUCCGAUGAUGCCCAGGUGAUCGCUCAGGCGAUUGGCCAGGCCUUCGGUGUGGCCUACCAGCAGUUCCUCCACGCCAACGGCAUUAAGGCCAGCGAGCUAAAGCCCAGCGAGUACAGUGACUACUUGGGCACACAGGAGCUCUACAACGGAGACCUGGUGCACUUCUCUGAUUCAGAUAACAUCAGAGAGGUGUCCAUCUCCAAGGCUCCCGGGGAGAUAGUGGGGGUGGCGGUGGUGGAGUCGGGCUGGGGGUCCAUCCUGCCCACGGUGGUGGUGGCCAACCUGCUCCACGGUGGCCCUGCAGAGCGCUGCGGGGCCCUCAGCAUUGGAGACCGCAUCAUGUCCGUCAAUAGCACCAGCCUAGUGGGCCUCCCUAUAACCACCUGCCAGAGUAUCAUACGGGAUUUGAAAAACCAAGCCGAGGUGAAGCUCAGUAUUGUCCACUGCCCUCCCGUCACCAUGGCUAUAAUCAAGCGACCGGACCCAAAAUUUCAGUUGGGCUUCAGUGUGGAGGACGGCAUUAUCUGCAGUCUGAUGCGUGGAGGGAUUGCGGAGAGAGGUGGCAUCCGGGUUGGACACCGCAUCAUUGAAAUCAACGGGCAGAGUGUGGUAGCCACUCCUCACGAGAAGAUCAUCCACAUUUUGACUAACGCAGUCGGGGAGAUUCACUUGAAGACAAUGCCAGCCUCUACAUAUCGCCUUCUAACGGGACAAGAUAUGCCAGUAUUUCUCUGAGAGAACGGAGAAGAGUGCUGCUGCGCUCACAAGCAAACGAGCUGUACGCAAGCCAUUUUACAACUAUACGCAAGCCAUUUUACAACUAUACACAGGCCAUUUUACAACUAUACACAGGCCAUUUUACAACUAUACACAGGCCAUUUUACAACUAUACACAGGGCAUUUUACAACUAUACACAUGCUCACUCGCAGCCUCAUUCAAUUUUUUUUUUCCCCAUAUACAAUUGUACUGUAUCAGCUGGCUAUUGAUACACAUAAAGGGGUUCUCCACCUGUACAGAAUAUUUGAUGUAUGUAUGUUGGAAUUACAUGAUGCAGCACAUUUAGAUUUUUUUAAAUAAAACUCAGUUUAUAUUUAUGAGAUGUUUUAAAGCAAAUGAUAACUAAGAUUGGCAAUAGGAAAGUGAGGUUAUUUUUCGACUAUACUAAGUAUCUUAACAGGAACAGCAUGAGUACGUGUAAUUAUUGUCUUCCACCACCGCUCUUUAGUUGCAGAUGUGCCUCCGUUGAACUUGAGUUAAUGGAGAAAAGCCUUAAGGAAGACAUCUCUUGUUGUUUCGUGCGUCCCGCCUCAUUCUAUUUUGGUAUUUUAUUAGGGUCCCCAUUAGCUGUUGCAAAAGCAGCAGCUACUUUUCCUGGGGUCCACACAAA